AUGUGCAACAAGUUGAAACUUUUCAUGAGAAAGCUACGAAUUUGCUGCUUGUUCACUCGAGUCUCCAAAAGGGUUGAGAAUUGUGGUGAGUUUGAGGAAGAGGGUAAUGCUGCAACAAUGAUUCCCAGAGAUGUGAAGAAAGGGCAAGUGGCAGUGGUUGCGGUUAAAGGAGAGAGAGCUAAGAGGUUUGUUUUGGAGCUUAAAGAGUUGAACAAACCUGAAUUCAUGAGGCUACUCGAACAGGCGAAAGAGGAGUUCGGGUUUCAACUAAGAGGACCUCUGACCAUUCCGUGUCAGCCGGAAGAAGUACAGAAGAUUCUAAAAGGAAGUAGUAAGGAAAGUUCUUGA